UACUCCUGAUGGAGGACCGUAAGGAUCAGGCGACCGCGGCGGGCAGUAGGGGCGCCGCUGCAGCACGCGGGAGCCUAUCCACGGAGGUAGCGGUCGCGAAGCCGUCGAAGGACGAAGCCCCAGUGCGCGAACCGAAGCGCGAUGACGCCGAUGAUGCGAAGGACUACCGGUGCGGCGUGUUCAACUACAGACCAGACUGGCUGCAAAGGUUUGCGACACCGCGUUACUACGCUUUCAUACUCGCCGUCCUGGGCACCUGCCAAGGGACCUAUCGCUUGUAUAUGAUUGCCACGCUGAGCACUAUGGAAAAGAGAUUCUCACUGACGAGUAAAGCGAGCGCUUUCAUCCUGAUCGGCGACGACUGUAGCCCCAUCCUGGCCAACAUCGUGCUCAUCCUUUUUCUCAAGCGCACAAGCAAGCCCAACUGGUUGACCGCCGGAAUGGCGUGUUGCUUCGUCGGAACACUCUUCAACCUGAUGCCUUACCUCGUUUACGGUCCACGAGAGUCCUAUUCGGGCCCCAACAAGACUAAGAGUAUGGACUUCUGCGGCAAAGUGGGCAAUGUAACAAAGGAAUGCGAAAAACCGAUGUUUGGAGAUUCUACAGGUGCCAUCAUGAUGUUCUUCACGGGGAACUUUCUGAACGGAUUGGGUACCACGUGCUACUACACCAUCGGUAGCACGUACAUGGAUGACAACGUUGAGAGGAGUCACACGGCGGCCUACUUUGGCUACGUCAUGGUCUUCCGUCUGAUGGGGCCAGUCCUGGGCUACGUCACUGGAUAUUUCACCCUGAAGAUCCCCGAGGAUAUUACAAAAAAGUCCCAUGUGAAGCCAGGCGACCCUAGGUGGAUCGGAGCCUGGUGGUUGGGUUACGUCUUCAUUGCCAUCGCAAUUUUUAUCAGCACAAUUCCAAUGAUCCUGUUCCCCAAGAAGAUGCAUGCCGGGUCCGAGGCAAACAAGGAGCAAGUGGCAGCGAAAUCAAGAUUAAAAACGGACUUCACAGAAUUGUGGCGAGGACUUGGAAGGUUGGCGAGGAAUCCUGUCUACAUGUUCAGACUUGUUUACUCCGUGGCAGCGUACAUAGUCGUGGCUGGCAUGGGCACUACUUUUCCUCGCUACGCCCAAAAGCAGUUCGCAAUGUCAGCGUCUUCUGCCAGUCUAGUGUCCGGUAUUUCCGGUGUCUGUUCCAACGUGGUUGGCAUCUUCAUAGGCAGCAUGUACGUGCACUUAUUGAAGCCGUCUCCAAGGGUAGUGGGCUACGAGAUGACGACCGUGAGCGCCAUCAACGCUCUCUUGUUUCUUUUACUCAUGAACAUCAACUGCCACUCGCUACGCUACCCGGUAAUUCACGAUGGGACCAACGGGCUUACUAUUCGCAAUGAGUGCAACGACGUGUGUGACUGCCCCACGGCUGUCUAUCGACCGGUCUGCGACGAGGCGAGAAAAAUGGAGUACUUCUCAGCAUGCUUUGCCGGCUGCCCGACCAGUGACUUGAAUCAGACGGCCUUCCAAGAUUGCCGAUGUCUGCAGCAAGCGCCCCUUGUGAACAACUUCAACAAUGGCACCGUUGCCAAUACGAAAUGCAAGCCUGAUUGUCAAUGCCACCUUGUGCUGUUCGCUUCGAUCUUUUUCAUCGCCAACGUACUUCAAGGAACAACCGUGGUUGGAACAACCCUGCUCCUUCUCAGGUGCAUAGAACCGAGGGACAAAAGCCUUGCAUUCAAUACGUACAUGCUUGCUCUGACCGUGUUCGCUUUCUUCCCGUACCCGGUCAUCUACGGUGCCCUCACGGAUAUCUCGUGCGCCGUCUGGGAGGACAAGUGCGGCACGGACGGAGCCUGCUGGAUCUACGACCUGGACAAAAUGCGUUACCUGAUCACCGGAUUCUCGUCGCUUAUGCACUUCACCAGCUUUUUCUUCCUGUGCUUCAUGACCUACUACUGCAAGAACAUCAAGAACUUUUACGGCGACGAGUACGUUAAGGCCGAUAAAGCCAAGCCUCUCUACAAGCAGCAGGAGCUCCACAAGACCGACAAGGACACCAGUGUCGUGGCCAAGGAGGAGUCCAUCAAGCCUGCACCGAGUAGCAAGGAGGCCAACGCAGACGCGCAUGCUCUCGACACAGAAGAGCCCGGGACGGAACCGGAAUCACGCGUUCACGAGUCUGAGCCCACCCAGAGCAGCCCCCGCAGCAGCCGCAAGCCGAGCAUCGAUGGAAAGGAGCUUGAGAAGUCAAGCCAAAACGCGAACGUCACUACCUGAAUGUUCCAACUGAACACUCGUUGGCAAGGCGUCUUCCGACACGUAAAAAGAAGCGGUUGGCCAUUUAUGCACCGCACAAGUCGUCCUUUUCUCAUCUCUGGAGACUUAACUAUAACGACAGUUACGCGGCCAUGACGCGAAUAAAAAAAAAUCCC